AUGGCGACGGUUCGCAAAUUCCUCGAGCGCACGCUGCGCGGGACGAAUCUGGAAAUCUUCAAGUUCGGACUCUACCUCUCCUUCCCCAUCGGGUACAUGUACUACUUUGGCACGAACCUGGAGAAUCGCUUCGCCGUGCCGGGCUUCUGGCCCACGCAGGACCAGUCGCACAAGAUCCCCUACGACAAGGACGAGAUCCGCGCAGAGAUUGAAAGGCAUCGCGAGCGGCUGCGGCAAACGCGCCAGAGCGAUCAAAACCAGGGCCAGGGCCAGAGCCAGAGCCAGAGCCAGGAGUCGCAGCAACAAUAA